AUGGAACCAGCCAUUUAAUUACUAAUAAUUGGCUGGGAGUCGAGCAUGAACGACGCUUCGAAACAAGAUGACGGUUUUGGCCACCUAAGAAACCCAACUCAUCCCAGCUCAUCAGAGAUUUCUGAAAAAAGAGAAAAAAGAAGAAUCAGCCUUCCAAUCCGGCCUUGUUAAUGAUACUCCACAACUUUCUGUAUUCGAAAUCGGAUGAACCAUCUGAUAAACGCACAUCGCCACUGCAGAACAAUUUAUACCACCAGUACCCAGCGCAGCAUUCGAGCCUGGAAAUGGUGCAUGUCCAUCAUUCGACGAUGUGCCAGCAUGCAGGAACUCAAAGCCAUUCACAGCAUCUUCAUCACCCACGGCCUCCACCGCAACAAUUAUGCCGUCAGCAAGCUCCUCGACUUUUGUGCGCUCUCCGACUGCGGUGACCUCUCCUACGCCUCCCUCCUCUUCACCCAACUCCCUAGCCCCAGCUGCUAUCUUUACAACACUCUAAUUAAGGCCUAUUCUACUUCUCCUCAACCCCACUUGGCCCUUCAGUACUUCAAUCUCAUGUCACGCAGUCUUCUACCUCCCGAUGGCUACACGUUCCCCUUCGUUCUAAUCGCUUGUUCUAACGGUUUUUUCACUUCCGAGGGAAAGCAAUUGCACUGUUGGGUAAUGAAAAAUGGCCUGGCAUCCGCAAAUCCGCAUGUGCAGACGGCGUUGAUCCGCUUUUAUGUGGAGUCUAAAUCGUUGGUUGAUGCUCGCCAGCUGUUUGGUGAAAUUACUGACUCAGAUGUUGUUCAGUGUAACGUGCUCAUUAGUGGUUAUGUUAAAUGUGGAAUGGCUUCGGAGGCCUUGGAUGUAUUUCGCGGAAUGCUGUUGCGCGGAGUCGAGCCUGAUGAGUUUUGUCUGACCACUGGGCUCACUGCUUGUGCAAAAUUAGGGGCUUUAGAACAGGGCAAAUGGAUUCAUGAGUAUAUUAGGAGGAGGAAUUUGAUGGGAUCUGAUACUUUCAUUGGAACUCAACUCGUUGACAUGUACGCCAAGUGUGGGUGCAUUGACAUGGCUGUGGAAAUUUUCGAGAGCAUCCCUAAAAGAAAUAAGUUUUCCUGGGCAUCAAUGAUUGGAGGAUUUGCGGCACAUGGAUAUGCUAGGAAAGCAAUUGAUUGUUUGGAGAGGAUGCAGGCGGAAGAUGGGAUUAAGCCUGACGGGAUCGUCAUUCUUGGGGUUUUAGCUGCUUGUACACAUGCAGGGCUUCCUAGGGAAGGUCAAUUUUUGCUGAAUAACAUGGAAACUCUAUUUGGCGUUCCACCUGAGCAUGAACAUUAUAGUUGCAUCGUAGACUUGUUAUGCAGGGCAGGUCAGUUAUGCGAGGCCCUUGAGCUUAUCAGAAGCAUGCCCAUGAAAGCACUGGCUUCUGUAUGGGGUGCCUUUCUAAGUGGCUGUCGGAUGAACAACAAUGUCAUUCUUGCAGAGCUUGCUGUCGAGGAGCUAUUACAGUUGGAAGGUGGAAAUGAAGCAGAAGAAAGUAGUGCUUAUGUUCAGUUAUCAAAUAUAUAUUUGGCUGCACAGAAAUGUGAGGAUGCACGAAGGUUCAGGAGGAUGAUUGGUGACCGUGGGCUGAAGAAAGCGCCAGGAUGCAGUGCAAUAGAGAUUGAUGGAGAAGUCAAUGAAUUUGUUUCUGGAGAUGUUUCACAUCACUGUCUGGCUAACAUAUGUGCGAUACUAGAUUUAGUAUCUACUGAUUUAUCGAUUGGUCGGUCGUGGCAAAUGGAAGAUCUAGCUUAUAUGCAAUGACAAAUUGAUGCAUACAGCCUCUGGUUUUCAAUCAAAAAACUUGUUCAAGCUGCAAUUGGAAGCUAAUACAUGUCUACACGGACUUCAUAGACAGAUUAAUUCAGCAUUUAGUUAGCUGUUUUUGUCAUGACUCACCAAUCAGAUUUUGAAUAUCUUGAUUUUUGGAUCCCAAACAUGCCAUGAAGGUAAGAUUCUCUCUUA